AUGCUCACACUCAGAGAGCAGCCGUCCUCCUGUGGACUCACCACCUGCAGAGGUUGUUUUUUUUGUGCGUCAAAAGUACAAAUAAAGCCAACCAAAGAGCCAACCAAAGAGCCAACUAAAGAGCCAACCAAAGAACCAACCGAAGAGCAAACCAAAGAGCCAAACAAAGAGCCACCCAAAGAGCCAACCAAAGAGCCAACCAAAGAGCCAACCAAAGAAUCAACCAAAGAGCCAACCAAAGAGCCGACCAAAGAGCCGACCAAAGAGCCAACUAAAGAGCCAACCAAAGAACCAACCGAAGAGCAAACCAAAGAGCAAACCAAAGAGCCAAACAAAGAGCCACCCAAAGAGCCAACCAAAGAGCCAACCAAAGAGUCAACCAAAGAGCCAACCAAAGAACCAACCAAAGAGCCAACCAAAGAGCCGACCAAAGAGCCGACCAAAGAGCCAACUAAAGAACCAACCGAAGAGCAAACCAAAGAGCAAACCAAAGAGCCAAACAAAGAGCCACCCAAAGAGCCAACCAAAGAGCCAACCAAAGAGUCAACCAAAGAACCAACCAAAGAGCCGACCAAAGAACCAACCAAAGAGCCGACCAAAGAGCCAACCAAAGAGCCAACCAAAGAGCCAACCAAAGAGCCAACCAAAGAGCAAACCAAAGAGCCAAACAAAGAGCCAACCAAAGAGCCAACCAAAGAGCCAACCGAAGAGCCAACCAAAGAGCCAACCAAAGAGCCAACCGAAGAGCCAACCAAAGAGCCAACCAAAGAGCCAACCAAAGAGCCGACCAAAGAGCCGACCAAAGAGCCGACCAAAGAACCAACCAAAGAGCCAACCAAAAGAGCCAACCAAAGAGCCAACCAAAGAACCAUCAAAGAACCAACCAAAGAGCCAACCAAAGAACCAGCCAAAGAGCCAACUAAAGAGCCAACCAAAGAACCAGCCAAAGAACCAACCAAAGAACCAAUCAGAGAGCCAACCAAAGAGCCGACAAAAAAAAGAACCAUCACUGGUCCCUUCCCGCUCACCCUACUCAUGAGUUUAAGCAGUUUUCAGGGACAGCCGGCUCCUGAUGUCAACUGUUAG